UCUCUGUAGGUUUAACUAGCAAUAGGAGAAUUUUUAAGGCGUCUGCGGCUGGGCUUUAUCAUCCAUCGGCAAAAUGGUGGCCACUAAGAAAACUAAAAAGGCUCACGAGAGCAUCAACAACAGGUUGGCUCUUGUGAUGAAAAGUGGAAAAUAUACGCUAGGUUACAAAACUACCCUUAAGUCAAUCAGGACCAACAAAGGAAAGCUUAUUAUAAUUUCAAACAACUGUCCUCCUCUUCGUAGGUCAGAAAUAGAGUACUAUGCUAUGCUUGCAAAGAUUGGGGUACAUCAUUUUAAUGGAAACAAUGUUGAUUAGGGACAACUAGGGACAACUUGUGGCAAGUAUUAUCGGGUGUGCUGUCUCAGCAUUACAGAUCCAGGUGAUUUUGAUAUCAUGAAGACUGUACCAUCAGAUCAAUGAGUGCAUAAUUGGGAUGGUUUGGUCAGGAAAUUGUUAAUUUUUCGUAGUUGCCCAAGAUAUUGGGAAGGAGUACGAAAUUAGUGGUAAAAACUUUUUGUCAAGGUUUUUUUCAAUUUU